ACGAUAUGCUAAGAUAUUUCAAAGAGAUAGGUCUAAUUAUUUAUUUUGCAGAAGAAUUUCUAAAAGAAAAUGCUAUCAAUGACGUUCAGUGGUUUGUAGAUGCAUUCAAAAAUAUUAUAACUGAUCCAACUCAUGCUGAACCUUUUUGCGAAAGGGUCAAGGAAUGGAAGAUAUUCAUGGAAACUGGCAAGAUAUCUGAUUUUACACUUGUCAAGAUAUGGGGAGAAAAUUCUUCGUAUGUUUCUCAGAAAGACAUCAUUGCACCCUACAUGGAAAAACUUAGCUAUAGUACGAACAGAGGAAGCUGCUGAAAAGGAAAUUGGACCUGUUUACUUCAUUCCUAGCAUUAAUAAAACUGAAUUCACCAAAGAAUGUAUGGCGAUAACGGAAAAUGUCAACAAAACUCCCAUAUUAAUAUUUUCUUUCAAAACUUACAUCCCUCAUUUCUUUUUCUUUAGACUUGUAGCUUUAUGCUUCUCUGUUUGGGAACCAUUACGUGAUGACCUACUCUGCAAAAACAUUGCAUUUUACAAAGAUAAAGGUGGUGACCGAAACAUUGCUAUUGCAGUAAACAAAACCUCUAUUCAGUUACAAGUGCUUACACCGGAUAAAGCAAUCCAGCUGACAAAAGACAAAAUUAAACAGAUCAGAUCAAAGAGUGAGAGGAUGAUGAAUGACAUAACAUCCACAUUCCAUCAACAAGUUCUCUUUGAAGUCGGAUACACGUGUAAAGAUAUAAAUAUCACUGAGGAGGAUGAAGAUUUCUUUUUAAGUGAGAAAACAGUGGCAGAACUGACAACCAACAAAAGAAUUUGCCCCCAUCAUGUACCCCCAACGAAGCAUGAGAAACACGACAUAGUUCGUGACAAUUUGUUGUAUUAUUGGUACACGGGCACUGAAUAACGUACUAGAAGCAGCGUUCAUUGUUUCAAAGCAAUUUUAGCAUCUCCAGAAAUCAAGAAAGUGGAUUACUCUGAACAUUUUGCGCAACAACCUAUUAUUUUUCCAUACUUAUUAUUGACUAAUGAUAGUGUAUGUACAUAAAUUUUAACUUGUGUAGUCACGAAAAGAUUGAAAAAAAUUUACUA